GCGCGAGGCUGGGUGGCCCAGGCGGAUUUCGAGGACCUCGACGGUGGAGACGAGGACCUCCUGGAGGCGCUGGAGGCCGUCGCGCCCGCGCCCGAGGUGGACGGGCCCGUGCCGAUCGACCCGUUGGCGGUGGCCCAGGGCGAACGCUACGGCAGCACGGGCAGCACAGCAGGCGGCCCUGAGCAGUGCCGUUUCGCGUGGCGGGCGCUGCGGGUCUCCAGCGCAGUGCCGCCGCUGCGCUUCGCGAAGGUCGAGUUCCUUGUCCGCGACGACGGCUACUGGGACUGGUGGGCCAGCCAGCCUGGGCAGCCGAGCGCGGUGACAGAACGCCCGCUCAUCCACGUGUGCUCGGGGAACCCGAGCUCAGUCGUGGAGGGGCCGGGGACGUGCACCGAGCUGGUCCACGUGGCGGACGGGGAGGAGCUCGGCCUCUCGGGCCUGCGGGCGCUGUUCGUCGAGUGCCAGGAGGCGCACCCGGAGGCGGCUUGGCCAGGAGCAUGCCUCGGGCCGCUGGUUGCCGCCGCAGCCCCCGCGAGGCCUGCUGCGGUGGCCAAAGCGACGGGUCGCCCGCCAGCCGCAGCAGGUCCUUCCGGGGCCCCGCCUGGCGCUGCCCCCUUCGACGACUUGCGAAGCAUAGGAGGCUCGUCGCACGGCCCUGGCUCAGAGCUGGCCGCAGACGAGGAGGCAGCUGCCGCGGGCGGCCUGGGGGGCAAGCUCGCAGGGGCUCGUGUGCGCCUCGAGGAAGGGAAGCGGGCUGCUGCUGAGGACGUCAGCUUGGGCGGUUCCCCCCUCGGCGCAGAGGCGGCUGGCAAGGAGCCUGCGAAGAAGCGGUCGCUCGGGGACCUGCUGGUCGAGCGCGCCGUGAAGCUGACGAGGGCCGCCUCGGACGCGGGCCCCCGAGGGUCAGGGGACCCCGUGCCCGAGUGUGCGCCGCCAGGAGCUGGUCUGAGCGGCGGCACGGCGGAGCUGGCGCAGGCGGUCGCGAAGGCCAUCCGCGAGGGCAAGGAGGCCCCCCUUGGCGACAGCGGCGGGGGCGGCCUCGGCUCCCUGGACCCCGCGGCGGUGCCGCGCGACCUGGCCACGAGGAGGGGGGAGGCGGCCGUCGACGCGACGGGCCCGAUCGCGCUGCGGUACCUCCUCACGAUCUACCUGCCGCAGCAUCCGGUGAAGGAGAUCGGCGUGCAGACGUGCCGUGUGCUCCGCACCCAGGCGGUGGACCUGCUGAUGCAGGGGAAGACGGCCCACGCCUGCGACCUGAUCGUCCAGCGCCUAGAGGCGCUGCAGGUGGCAACGACGGACGGCUCGUGGGCGGCGGCGAGGUGGUUGGUGCUGAUCCCGCCGCGCGACGAUCCCACGGCCAUCUGCAGCGAGGAGGAGGAGCUCAUCCGCGGUAUCCAGCUCGGCGGGAUGAGGUUGGACGAGCUCUCCGCGCGCCUGGCCACCGCCAAGACGCCGGGAUGGGGCGGAGGCGAGGGGGGUGAGGGCGUCGCGGAGCCCCCGUCGGCCACCGCGCUGCAGCGCUGGGCCGACGAGCUCUCCCUCGGCUUCGGCGUGAGCAUCGUCGCGGUCGACCUGGCGGAGGUGGGCCGCUGGCUGGCCCACAGUGCCUUGCCCAAGGCCCGCAGGUGCCGCCGCCGCGCCGCGGCGCGGGAGGUCAGCAAGCAGGCGUGGCUGCACCUCAGCGCGGUGGCGCUCAACUAUGCGUUCUGCGGCCGCUCGCAGGAAGGCUGGCGCCACAGGCUGACCCUGUCGAAGGCGCAGACGCGGGACUACGUGCAUUCGAGGAUCCGAGCGGCGGCCUUGGCGGAGGACCCGCUCGCCAUGGUCGUGGUCCCUGCGAUCGACGAGCUGGCGGGCGGCUGCGAGUCAGCGCACGAGGGCGAGACAGGCGUGAAGGCCCUCCCCUGCCGGCUCUGCGGGCUGGCCCCUGGCCUGCCCACGCGGGAGUGCGCUGCCACGCUCGACGCGACCGUUUUCGUUGGCGCCGAGGUCGGCGCCUGGCUGCGCCGCCCCGAGCUGGCGCUCUUCGACCAGUCCGACUGGCCCGACCCGUCGCCCCGGGCCCGCGUGAACGUGGAGACGGAGGCGGACGGGGAGGAGAUGGUGCUGCACCUCGGGUCGCUCAGCAUCUUCACCACGCUCGCGGAGAGCGAGCUGGUCCGCGCGAGGGGCGAGCCCGUGCUGAUCGGCCUGUUCGCGGUGGAGAAGGAAGGCGGCGCCGCUCGCGGCCUCGGCUCGGCGCCCUGGACGGCGGUCGUGAUCCCCGACGGGAAGCUGCUGCUGUGGUCGGGCGACGACCAGGAGGGGGCCUUCUUCGUGUGGCGGGUCUCGCCCGCGUGGCACCCCUACAUGGCCGUGGGGCGGCCGCUCGCGGGCGAGCUGUUUUGCCGCUCGGAGCCCGUCGUCUACGUGACCUCGGCUGUCAUCGCCAUGGGCUGGUCGCUUGCGGUGCCCGUCUUCCAGCACAUUCACCGACGGCUGUGCCGCGGGGAGUGGUGCAGGGAUUGCGCGCGGGCCCUGGUCGAGGCUGGCAGCGGCCAGGACGCUGGCUGGUGGCAGGGCUACAUCGACGACUUCGAGGAGGUUUUGGCCUGCAAGCUCGCAGGGGUCCCGAGCGACCUCCAGCUGCAGGUCCGCGCCAGCUACGAGAGGGCGAGCGCCUCCUUCUCGGCCGAGAAGGCGCGCUGCAGGCAGCUGAGGGUCAAGCGCAUGGGCGCGGACGUCGACGGCGUCGGCGGGCGCCUCGCG